AGUAUGUUGUCCAAACGAUAUACGAGAAUAUCCCCGAAACGUAGAACAUAUUUUUUCAUAAGAUAACCUUGCAAAGUGAGAACUGCGCUAUUUUAUGUAAAGACUCUUUAUUCAUAGAAAUACUUGACAAUGUCGUAUAACUUGGGAAAUCAUAAUAAUGAAAAUGAGUAUGACCCCUCUAGUUCUGAUGACGAUUAUGAUGAGAAUGAGAAGAGGUUGUUGGAAAAGUUCAAAAAUUCAAGUCAGGACAAUUCAGAUAGCGAAAGAGAAGUCUUCAGUGUAGGAGUAGAGAGUGAAAAUGAUUCCAAUAAUAGUGACAUCGCUCUAAGUGAUGUGGAGCGAGAAGAUGAUUAUGAUGACCUCCCAGAUGUGAGGGCAUGGGGUAAAGAAAAGAAAAAGUACUACGGAGCUGAUUAUGUCGAUGAGGACUAUGGAGGUUUUCAAGGAAAAGAUGCUGAGGCUGCUGAAAUUGAGGAGGAAGAAGCAAAAAAUUUACAAACUCAGCUCAUACAACAACUGGAUGAUAAUGAUUUUGCUUUCGAUACUAUUUUUACGAAAAAGGAUGAAGAACCUGAAGAAGGCGUGGAACAGAUAUUAAAAACUGGCAUUGCAACAUUAUCAGAAAAAGAAAAACUAGAAAUACUGCAUAAGGAAUCACCUGAAAUGUUUGGACUUAUAGGGGACUUUGAAUGUAAAAUGAUAAUUAUUAGGGAUUAUUUAUACCCAGUUAUACAGAAACACCAGAAUGGAGACAUCCCCAGAACCAAAGCUGUAGAGUUUGUUGAAAAUCAUUAUCAAUUAAUUUGCAAUUAUUUGGGCAACAUAUACAUGUAUCUACUCUUAAAAAAUAGUAAGCAAUUGAAAAAUCAUCCAGUUAUAAAGCGGUUGUAUCAAUAUAGACAGUUAAUCGCUCAGUUAGGUCCAGUUUUUGAUGAAAUUAUCAAACCACAAAUAGAAGUGUUGUUGCAAGAGAAAGUCGAACCUCUGGAGGAAAUAAAGGGAACUACAACGAAAGAAAAAAAUAAAAAAUCACGCAAAUCGAGUGAAAAUGUUGAGCCACCCAAUAAAAAACUUCGAGCCGAAAAAUCAUCGGCCAAGAAUAAACAUGUUACAUUUGAGUUAGAAGAAUCUGGACUAAAGGAACAUGUCGAAGACGUAGAAAAGGAGGCUGAAGAUACAGGCAAAAGAGCAAUUACAUAUCAAAUAGCAAAGAAUAAGGGGUUGACUCCCCACAGAAAGAAGGAGUUCAGAAAUCCCAGAGUCAAACAUAAGCUGAAAUACAGGAAAGCAAUCAUUCGCAGAAAAGGAGCCGUGCGUGAACCAAGAAAAGAGCUUACUAGAUAUGGCGGAGAAAUUUCUGGUAUCAAAGCCUAUGUUUCUAAAAGCAUUAAAUUUAAAAGUUAAUUUUGUUGUUUUAUUUUUUUAAUUGUAUAAGUAAGACUUUAAGGCCAUG